AUGGCGUCUAACAACUACCCCCAGACGUCACUGCCAGUACCGCCAGCGCCGCCUCAACCUCUAUACCCCAUGCCCCCCUACCCAACGGCACCCUAUCCCACGGUUCCGUAUCCUACAUCUCCCUACCCCAUAUCCAUGCCCCUAUACGCCGCGCCAUCCCCUAACCUACCGCCCCCCAGCCCGCACCGUCCCGCACCGCCGCCUCCCAACAUCAACGUCGGCCCCGCCCUCGUAGACAACUUCGUCGAGCGCGCCCACACGCGCCUCGAGCCCCGACGCGCCAACCCGACCUGGACGGAAGACGCCCUGACCACCGCACUCCAAGACCAACUCGCCAGCGUCAAGCGCAGCAUCCAAGACAUCGUCAGCCAGGAAUUCCACCUCCCCGGCGACAUCGUCCCGCGCGUAUCCGUCCGCCUCUCCCCCGUCGACCUCGGCCCCGACGGCACAUGGCACCACGGCCGCGGCCAGCUCUGGCGCGCCGGCGCCACCGUCUACAUGCCCAAGAUCGCAAUCCGCAUGCCGGAGCGCCGCGCCCCCGAGCGCCGCCGCACCGGCCGACGAGUCGCCACCGGCCCGACCCCCAGCGAUCGCGCGUACGUGGACGCCGCGGAGCGCGUCUUGGACGCCGUCGUCCACGGCCGCGGUCUGAACCGCUACGACCCGCGCACCGAUCUGCGCGGUCUCCCGUUCGACCCCGCCGCCGACUUGCCCCACGCCUGCUUCGAGUUUCAAGAGAGCUCCGGCUCGGUCGACAACUCGUGCCAUAUCAUGCCCACGCACGUGCACGUCUACCUGCCCGCCAAGGUGAAGCGCGUCGACAAUCGCAACACCUGGUUUUACGAGCGGUUGUAUGGGGGGCACCCCCGGGCUAUUGCGCAUCUGACGGGUUGGGCUAACCGUCGGAAUAUCGACUUGAGUUUUCUGACCAUGGCCCGCGCUUAA